AUGGUUAUUGCCCACAAAACCUUGCUAGCGACGGAGGUUCUGGUGGUGAUCACCAUGGUGAUGAUCAUGGCACGUCCUUCAGUCCAGCACACGGUUCAUGUUACGAAUAAGUUACGAGACAGGAUACUGAUAGUGCAUUGUCAAUCCAAAGACGACGAUCUCAAGGCCCACGCGGUGCCCGUCGGCGAGAGUUUCCGGUGGAGUUUCGAGCUGAAUGCGUUCGGCGGGACGCUCUUCUGGUGCAAACUCGCCGUCCAAGAUAAGCGUCUUGUUUUCACGGCGUUCGACCACUAUGGCCACAGCGCCGUAUACUGGUAUGUUCGCGACGACGGGGUUUAUGGGAAGGACAAGUUAAUCAACGAUGUGUUUUUCAAGGCUGCAUGGAGACGAGUUUGGCCACGCCAAUUAACCAGUUAA